AGAAAGUCGAUUAAUAUUGAUGUUGAUUUAGAUACAAGGCUUAACAAAUUAGAACAUUUGAUGAAAAAAAUGAUAAGUUCAAGUUCUCAAGGCUCGACGACGGUGGAAAAUAAGUCAAAGAGACAAAAUAACAUAACCUCCGCCAUUUCAGUUACAGUAGACCCGACAAAUGAUGGCGCUACCUUAUCAACUACGCCACCGAUAGCAAGGUCUACUCCCGAGCUUGGCAGCGAUGGCGCUGUGUUGUCGGCGGGCGGUUUGACGUCGUCGGGGGCGUGCGGGGAGCGCGCCAUACCCCGGUCGCCGCUGCUGCCGGUGCCAGCUGCCGCCGCCGCGGCCCGGUGCGCGGCAAGACAGCCUGUCGCGGCUUCGUGCUCGAGAGCGAGCUGCAACUCUUUCUCAGUUUGUACACAGGACCAAGGUCAGAUGAACAAAUUACUAUCGGGCUCUGAUAAUAUACCUGAUUUUAACGGUGAUGCAUCAAGUGACAUGACAGUUCAAUGUUGGAAAAAACUGUUACUAGGAACAAAAUGUGAUCAACCAGAUCAUGUCAUAACCGACGUCAUUAUUUUUACGUUGAACGAUCCUUUGUUGACGACCGGCGCGCGGGGUGCCGCUUGCCGUGAUACUAAAAGUUUAUUGAAGUACUUAACAGAUUCUGGUUUUGAUUGUUCAAAUAAAAGUAAGGCUAGUUCAGUUAGCAACGAUGUGGGUAGAUCUUACACAGGGCGAAAACAGCCUCAGCGCGAUGACGUCACUUGCUAUAAAUGCGGUAUUAAAGGUCAUAUCUCUUCGAUUUGCACAAAAACUGAUGUAAAACAAUGUGAUCGUUGUUCUAAAUAUGGGCACGUUAGUGUUGAUUGCAAAGAGCACAGACAUUGUACUAGUUGCGACAAGUGGGGCCACGUUGCUGACAACUGUAUUCGCAAGAAAGACAAACCUAUUAAAAUUGUUUAAAAUGUAAGAUGUUGAUGUAUAUGACAGAAAAUAUCACAAAACUGUUUGAUUAAUCAAUCAUGUUGAGUUAAUCGCACCCGUGAAUUUUG